UUAAACUGGACACAACAAAUAGUGAGAAUGGACGAUUUUUUAAAAACCACAUAUAACGAAAGAGAAGGCACCUGGAGUGGCGUCAAGUUCAGUCCCAUGUAUGACUUUGACUGUUCAGUUGGUCGCAUUAUACACAAAGCGCUAGGCACUUAUCCCAAAAACGUUGCUCAGAUUUGUCUGAUUGAUGGCAAGACGACAACAAACGCGGAAAUUCUAGCCUGGUCGGUGCGAUUGGCUCAGCAUUUCAAGCAGCGCUGCCUGCGGCAUGAUGACGUCAUUUGCAUAGCGGCUAAGAACAGCACCUAUGUAACGCCCACUGGCGUAGCUUGUCUGUUCAAUGCCACGCCCUUUCAUGCUGUGAAUCCUACGCUGGAGCUCAGCACGCUCACACAUGUCUUGGCCAUAACCAAACCCAAGCUAAUCUUCUGCGAUGCGGCGCAAUAUGAGAAGCUAAAGACAGCAAGUGCCGCCUGGUCGCCUGAGUUUAUCACUAUAUUAGGUAAAGUGGAGGGCGUGGCACAUGUGGAGGAUUUGUUGGCUGCCACGAAAACGGAAAUGUAUUAUCAACCACAGCCGUUGAUAUUGGGGGGUGAGCAGACUAUGGCCAUUUUAUGCUCGUCCGGUACCACAGGACAGCCCAAGGCUGUGUGCAUGGCAAACCACAUGCUUGUCUCAGCCCAUCCAUUCUCGAACAGUGAAAACAUUAUCUAUUGUGGCUCCAGCGUUGAUUGGUACUCCGGCCUGAUGAUCUUCGUGCAGUGCAUGCAGGAUGGCUGCACACGCGUUAUACCUGACCAGCCCUACAGUGCGGAGUACUUGUUGGAACUGGUGGAGAAAUACAAGAUAACCACCAUAGGCUGUGCCCCUCGCCACGCCUCCGCUCUGAUUGCCUGCCCACAAGCUACGCCCGCACGUUUGUCCAGCGUGUCCAUGUUUAGCAUAGGCGGUGGCUGGAUUCCUGCAGAUUCAUUGCGCAAGCUGCAGCAGCUGAUUCGAGGCUUGGUAGUCUUCGCCUACGGCACUACAGAAUUCGGAAUGGUUUGCGCCAGUCUCUACAAUGAGAAAGUGGGCAACUCGGUGGGAAAACUGAUGCCAGGCAAACGCGCGCGUAUUGUGGAUGAUGAUGGCAAGAACUUGGGCUGCGGUGAAGUAGGUGAACUGUUGGUGAGUCACGGACACAGAUGGUGCGGAUUCUAUGGCAAUCCGCUGGAGACUCAGCGCACGCAGGACUCACAGGGCUGGUUCCACAGCGGCGACUUGGGCUACUUUGAUGCAGAUCAUAAUCUGUUUAUAGUGGAUCGCAAGAAGGAGAUCUACAAGUGCUUGGGCAUGCAGUACUCGCCAAAUGAACUGGAGUCGGUUAUAGCUGGGCUGCCAGAUGUUAACGAAGUCUGCGUUGUGGGCAUCUAUGAUGAGCGCUUAGGCGAUGCGCCCGCAGCUCUCAUUGUGAAACGGCCAGGCAGCUCUUUAAGCGCUGAACAGGUUAAGCAACAUGUGGCAAAGACUUUCAGCGUGGAAUAUAAGCAGCUACAUGGUGGUGUUCACUUUGCAUCCGAAUUGCCACAGAAUGCCAAUGGCAAGGUGUUGCGUCGAACAGUGAAGCAGCAACUGGAGCAAUCUACGCCCGAUCGUUAAUGAUGCUUGGUGAGAAUUUAAGAAAUGCGAAUGGGUCAAUACCGAUAUGUAAUAGAAUAAAACACAGAUAUAAGAAUAAAAUAUAAGUAUAUAUG